CCGCAUCCCACAAACAACAUGGCGGCUCCCGUACGGUUGCUCUCCUGUCUGCGAGUAUGUCGGGUCAACCCAGUCAACAAUGGUGGACUCUGUCACUUUAACAAUAUGUCCACCCAGUGUGGACGUGCAGGUCAGGUUUCAUCAAAGUUUUUUGGACAUUUCGGUCUUAAGAAUGUGCACACUGACCUAGUUUUACCUGGUAGAGUAAAACUUUUUGCACUAUCCAAUUUUGGAGGUGUCAGGAGAACUUUUUCCAGUAAGUGUAGUUUGAAUGCUGCACGGAUUAGGCAUAGAAAUUUACCAGCCAAGCAGCUGCUGCAGCAUAAGACACACCGAUGUCAACCUCCCAGACGAACGUUCAAAAGUAAACUUGGAAGUGAUGGAGCGAUAAGAGGAGGUUUUAAACAAUCAAAGCCAAAGGAAGGACUGGGAAGAGGUGGUGAUGGUGCAGUAACAUUAGUCAAGUCAUUUGCUUUCACAGCUGGUGUUUGCGUAUGUAGUUUUACUGGUUGCAUGAUUUGGUGCUAUGAGGAUGUAAGGAGCCAGGCUAGAAGGUUUGAGCGUCACUUACGCACCUUUAGUGCUGAUAGAGCACAGAAGAUCGGGUUUCGACAGGAUAUGGAUCAUAUAUGGAGCCAAAUACCACCAGGCCACAAGUUGGUCGCUGGAAUCAUUGCUGCUAACAUUGCCGUAUUUAUGUUGUGGAAGGUACCGAGUUUCGCAUCAACUAUGGAAAGAUAUUUUUUGUUACUAAAUCAGAACCCUCGCAUUUCGAUGCUCCUGUCUUCCUUCAGUCAUAUGCACUUGGUGCAUAUCUCCAUUAACAUGUAUGUGUUCUGGUCAUUCAAGGACAUUGCCUCAAAACUGGGACGUGAACAGUUUAUGGCUGUGUACCUUAGUGCAGGGGUGGUUUCCUGUCUUUUUAGUCAGAUAAACAAAGUUGCCAGAGUCAUCCCUAUUGGAAGUCUUGGUGCUUCUGGAGCUAUAAUGGCCAUUUUUGGAAUGUUAGCCCAUAUGGUACCUGAAGCCAGGCUACACGUUCCCUUCGUUAGCAUGGUGUUGCCACACAGCUUCUCCAUGGAUACGGGCGUCAAGUUUAUCCUUUGCAUGGACACAUUGGGCCUGAUCCUUGGCUGGAGAAGGCUUGAUCACGCAGCCCAUCUGGGAGGCUUACUGUUUGGAUAUUUGUAUGCAAGGUAUGGCCGAGAAUUGAUCUGGAAUCGGAGAUACCUGGUAAUCAAUAAGUGGAGAAAAUUUAGGGAGUAGAUCUUCUCCAUCAAAACUGUGGUCAGCAAAUGACAGAAGUGUGGAGGAUGAAUUCUGCAUAAAACUUCUGAUGUUCUGUACGAGCGGCCGAAAUUGAAAGGAAAGCUCUAAAGUGGUGAGCGUCAACAAAGAACUGAGGUUAAUUUGACAGUGAAGUCGAUGGCAGACUUCCAAGGAGGAGGAGGGUUUUCUGUGUUAAAUGUCUGGUGGUUUGCUUAAAAGUUUGUGGAGCAACAAAAAUACCUCUAUCAAAUCAGUACAACCCUUUCUUUACACCAUAAACAUACCAAAUUGAAGUAAGAUUAGGAAUAGUGUUGGUGCCUGCCCUACACAGGUCAUCAGUCUAUGUAAACGUUCCACAAGUUUAUGUCAGGUCUCCAUGCACAUCCAAAGACUGCAUUGAUGGUGAAAACUAAAUAUAAGAAUUAAAGAAUUCUAAUCUUGAUUUACUGGGGAAAAUUAUACAAUGACAUAAUUAAGUGCUUUUAUUUUGUUUUGAAUAUCAUAAUCCACUUUGAUUUCUUGAUAGCAUUGAAGCAAAUAUUCUAUGACUGUAACCAAGGAAUAAGUUAGCAUGUGUUAUUUAUGAUUUUGAGCUGUUAUUGCUAACCAAUUCACUCCUGAAAUUUCAUAAUGAAUUAUUCCAACGUUUGAAUUGGAAGAGUUCAAAUGUGUCUUCAGGGGUGAAUGAGUUCAAGUUUGUUUACAGGGUAAUUUCUCUAAAGUUCUUAAAGGGGGAUAGGGAUAUUGAUAAUUGGGAAUUUUAUCAAUCAUAAUUAUAAAAUGUGUGUUUAUUUGUUUUUGUUCUUAAGGAUCACCAACCCACUGACAUUAACUGAAGUUAUGCAUUGGAAAUUGAUUUUUCAGGCACAAAUAUAGUUUUGAUCAAUCAUUUCAGAAAACAAAACCGUACCUUUUGGGAAUUUUAUGACAAAUUGAUAAAGAUGAAAUAAAGGAAAUAUAAUCAACAACAGUGUUUUGAGUGUAAAAUUUCUGCGGGUCUCGACCGGGAUUCGAACCCUGGACUUCAGAUAUUGUACUGUUUAUAUAACCAACAACAGUGUUCUGAGUGUAAAAAACCCCACCAUAAGGCUAGACCUGGAUUUGAACACUGAACUUCGGACUGCUUAACCGAUUGAGCUACCUGUCGACAAAAGUGUGUGUCCAGGGCUCAAUUGUUCUACAGUUAUAUCUGAAAGGAAGGUCAAAAGAGGUUAUACUCCAACAGUGUUAGAGGUUUGCUUUUGACAGGCGGCGUCAAAGUCGACAAAAUCAUAUCCGUUAGAAAAAAAGCUGACCAGCGGCCUCUUAUGUUAUAGGAGUAGGGGAGGUUGCUGCAUAUAGAAAGAACCACAGUGCUGCGGGACAGGGAUGGUUAAAAGAAUCAGUUUUUCACAAAAUCCUUUUUGAAAUUUUAUUGAGGAAUGAUUUAAAAAUGACAUAAAAUUAAAGCAGGGAAAUAAACCUAUG